GCUGCUCUCUACUUUAUAAAGCUGGGAACACCAGGCUCCGUCAAACAGAGAUAGCGCGAAGCUCCUGCUUGUUUAAUACACUGGUUCAGCGAAACUUUACUUUGAGAACUUCUGUCAACUAGUUGAGAUAAACUAGUCCGCCAUCUGUUUGACUAGUCUAGACCCUUCGCAGCAGUAUGGCUACGUUCGUCUCGAUGGCUACCUGCCACACCUAUAACAACACGUCCAGGCACAACGGUGUCAACAGGGACUUCAUGGCCGCUCUCUCCAAGAGCCACGGGAGCACAGGCAAACGCAACAGUCCCCAGUCGACCAACAGAAACAAUGCCAUAGGCAUACCAAAGUCUGCCCCCAAUGACAAGACACCCUGCAGUACGCCAAGGUCGAUAUCCUCUGAGACCAGCAGUUCCUCCUUGGCCUCCAAGCCCGCCAGUGUGAAGAAGUCUGCCUUCUCCCGCCUCAAGAGGUUCCUCAUGCUGGAUGACAACCAGAAGACCAAGGGGAGGACUCAAAACACUUUACUAUCCUCAUUCUGAAUGACUGACAAACACUUGGCUCCACUGCAAUGACCCAACAGUCAGCCUUUUCACCAACAUAAUAUGACACUGACGCACCAGGCUCUCUGGCCUGCUUGCAAUUCAGAAUGGUCCUCCUGGAAUUCAGAAUGGGGGAUGGGUCAGCAGUCAGUCAAUAAGUAAUACAGGGCCUCCUGUUGCACUAACUUUUUUUAAAUAUAUAUUUUUGUAACUUGCCCCUCCCAACUACCCCUGAGGUCGCCCUUCCGUAGAGCUGUUCUAACAUAAUGGCCCCACACCACGGCAUCGUCCAGGAAUUCCAUUGUCCCUAUGGAUGGCGGGAACUGCAUUGGAAGCAAAGCUCCCCCUUUUCUUCCUUGUUAUUUAUGAGGCAAGCAGAAUAACUUAAUUUGAGUUAUAGGAUGUUUUGAUUGAGAGGGUGAUUUUUAUUUGUUACAAUCACAUUUAUAUGAUAAAUUACUUACACAUUUAUAUUCACGCUUAAGUUUCAUGCUUCUUGAAGUAUGUUUUUAUUUUUUACUUGGUUGUCAUUUAUUUUCAUAGACUUUCCCACUCUUCUCUUGAGGUUACUGUCCAAGUAGAGAUGAUCUGUAGCUGCUUACAGGUUUGUUUGUGUGGCUCUACUAUUUUAUGAUCACUGCCAAAUGUUUUACUUUUAUGUAAAGGUCAAAUUUUUGUAUGCUGGUGGUUUUGAGAUCAUAUUUGGAUGAAUGGGAUGCAUCAACUUAACAUUGAAAUUGUUUUUAUGCCUGAACCUUAAUGACAAUGCAAACGUGACUUUCUUUCAGUAGUUUCAUGUUUGUUGAAGAUGGGUUUUGCUGGCUUCACCUUUUACCUGUUUUGAAGUUGUUUUUAUGUUUAGAUUUACAAUGUCAAUUAGACUGCUUUUGUUCCAACACACUUUAUUGCAUUUAGUGACAUGUUAGUUAAUCCAAUGUGGGAGUCUGUAGCAUUUCACAGAAUACUGAAAUACCUCACAUUAUAUAUUCCUUUUACACCUUGCUUCUGUGAAAUAAAUGUUUUCAGGUAUUCUUA